CCGCUGGCGCUGCUGUUCCCACUAUUACUUUGACAUCUAAGUAAGGGUUGAAGUAGAUGGCACAGCUGUUGUGGCCCUGUCUUCCCUCCGAUGGUGCGGCGUCGUCAAGGCGCCAGACCAUCGGAUGGUCCGGCGUCGCCGAGGCGCCGGACCAUCGAGGCAUCGGUCACAUCAGCUGCUGAUGCUGCUCAUCCCACUGUUGCUGCAGCUGCUGCAGUUGGAGUUGCUGCGGUUGCAGCAGCUGCUGGUGCUCCUGCUGGGUCCCUCUGCUGGUGCAGUUGUUGUGCCCCUGUCUUCCCUCCGAUGGUCCGACGUCGUCAAGGCGCCAGACCUUCGGAUGGUCCGGCGUCGUCGAGGCGCCGGACCAUCGAGGCGUCCGGCACAGCAGUUGCAGACGCUGUUGUUCCCACUGCGGUUGCAACAGUUGCUGGCGCUGUUGUUCCCACUGUUGCUGUAACAUCUAAGGGUUGGAGUAGAUGGCACAGCUGCUGUGCCCCUGUCUUCCCUCCGAUGGUCCGGCGUCGUCAAGGCGCCAUACCAUCGGAUGGUUCGGCGUCGUCGAGGCGUUGGACCAUCGAGGCGUCGGUCACAGCAGUUGUUGAUGUUGCUCAUCCCACUGUUUCUGCAGCUGCUGCGGUUGGAGUUGCUGUCAUUGCAGCAACUGCUGCGUCGUCGAGGCGCCGGACCAUGGAGGCGUCCGACACAGCAGGUGCAGACGCUGCUCUUCCCACUGCAAUUGCAGCAGCUGCUGGCGCUGUUGUUCUCACUGUUGCUGUGACAUAUGCUUGCUCCUCAGGGGUCUCUACGCCGAAGGUUGUCGGAAGGGCGGUCACGUUCCAAGAGAAGUAUUGGGCAAUCGAUUGGCACCUCGGUAUGAAAAUCCCCUGUUGUGGGCCAGUUAUUUUUUUGCGGAAUGAGAGUAGCGGUUACUACCCAUGCGGGGGUAUCAAGACUUACUCGUUUGAUAAGAGCAUGCUUGACGAGGAGUACAUGAGAUUCCAUCUCACGACGUGUUUCAACAUCGACGGUCAUGAGGUGCCUGACAACUACAAGCUCAUGUCUCUCCACGUCGAGAAGUUCCAAGGUUACAGCAUCCGCGCUGCAUCAAUGUCUCCGUUCGACAAGUCGAAGAAGAAGGAUGCGUCGCAGAUAGUGAUGCUCAGGUCGUUCGAGUUCCUCAAACGCGUUAAUUGCUAUAAGGUGUCGAACCAUAUCGUGACGAUUGACAACAACCUGCAGUUGUCAACUCCCUUCGUGCCCUUCGACUGUGAUCUUGGAGAUUUCGCAGACAUGGCGGUAGGCAAGAGUUGUGGGGAGCCGAAAACAUCCGCCCGUAUGAGCAAAAGUGAGGUAGCAUCGACACAGGCAAAGAGCGUGAGCAAAUCAGCUUCUCUGCUCCGGCCGAAGGGUGUGUCUGCGACGCGGGCACCAUCACAUGCAGAAUAUGCGGCACGCGUUUCUUUGACUCCGGCUGGCACUGGCCAUGAGGAUGACGACGAAAACACAGAGGAGGACUCGCGCUUCAGACAGUGGGACGGUGGGCAGUGGGCCGAUGGCAAUGACGUGAAAGACACAGAAGGGGACGACGCCGAACAACGGUUCCGCGACGGUGCACACGAUGAAGAGGGAAGCUUGGAGGAUGACUUGGCCGAAGACGAUGGUAGUGAAGGCCAAGAGGAUGGUGGUCACAAAGACGAUGGGAGUGAAGAAGAAGAAAAUGAGGAUGCAAGUGACGAAGACGCCACAAAACGGGAAGACAACUACGAAGGGGGGAGCGAAGGAGAUGAGGGUGGGGCGGACGACGACGACGGCGGGAAUAGAGGGUCGCAGAAAAGGCAGGAACAGUCUUCCCAUGCCACAAGUCAUGACGGUCCAUCAGAAGAUGACGAUGUGUUGCAUGGCACACAGAGGUCUGUGUGCAUGCGCAAGUGGAAAAUGAGAUGUGAGAAAGCAGAGAAAGAGAAGUGGAGACAAGCUAAGCUCAUCAGCCUACAGGCCUCAAAGGAGGCUUACAAUAAAUCCUUAGAGGCCCAAUCCGCUAAACCAACAAAGGAAAAACGUGUACGAACUCGAUCUUCCCAGAGACCGAAGAAGAAAGCAAAGGCCGAGGAGAAAAAGGAAGUGGCGGACUCUGGGGACAAAGCGGCAGGGGUCGAUCCGAGACAUACAGCGUCAAAGCCGAGAGAGUUGACCAACGACACUAUCGACACCACGAGAUGUUUUUUCCUAGAAUACGACGAGGACGGCAAUGUGAUAGAUCGGCCUACCCAAGUGUUCGUUGACGUGGUCAAAAUACUGUCCAACCCUUCGGAAGGCGUGCAAUACAACCACAGGCCGUUGAACGAGAUGUUUGUCACCUCCAUCAGGGACGUAAUGGAACACCCGGAAAAGCAGAAGGAGUGCGACAGAAACACGUGGAUUCUUGCUCCUGUCGCUGAAGUGCAGAAGGAUGACCGGAAACAGUGGGAAUGCGUGAAGCCGGAAGAGUGGGAUGAUGACAAGGUUGCCUCCUACCAUUGGUACACAGUCGCCGACCAAUAUACAGCGGAGGCAGCAAAGAGCCUGAUCGAUGCAAAAUCGUCUGCUGACCACAAGUGGGGCGUGCAUUAUUGGAAGGCGCGGGUUGUGUAUUUUGACGACGACCAUUUGGAGGGGUAUGCGUACAUCUCCACGUUUGACAACACCAGGGAGACACGUGCUAUCCCGUCGUCGUUUCAAAUGGUUAACCAGUCGUUGGCGAAAAGAUUUGUGAGGAAUUGGUCAAGCCUUUUGAGGUCUUACAUGUGUCUUGCGGCGAGCAGCAGAGUUGUGUGGAAUCUGGUUGAAAAGUUCUUUGACAAAUGGGAAAAAGGCGAACUUUCAUGGCAGGACGGCGUGAGACCAGUGGAUCAGGAAGGGAAAGCAGGCGAGGCAGCAGGACCGAGCCCUGCAGCGAAGACGGUGAAAGGCAAAAAGGUGUUGGUGCACUACGUCCAGUCCAACAAAAGUUCGUCGGGUUUUUAUGUUUGCAUCAAUGAUCCCUUCGCGAGCGCAUGGAAGGUGUUCGACGAUUUCACAUCAAGGGAGAAGGAAAUGACCCUCGAGAAAAUACUUGCGGAACACGUUGUUGUCACGAGCGGAAGGACAUUUGUGAAAAAACUGAUGAACAUGCAAGACCUAUACGUGGAGGUGAGAAGGGAGAGAUAUAUGAUUCGCAUGUUUAAUUAUAUCCUCUUCAAGAUAGAGCAGAGGUCGAAGGAGGAGUUGAAUGACAAGUUCUUCUUUGGCUACGAUACCAUAAUGAGGCUGUUUGCACUGCGAGGGUUGACGACGGAGAAAUGGGAAGAAACCAAGUCCAAGAUCGUAGCAGAGAAGACUAUCAAUGUCCCAAAAUGAUUGGGCGGCCUAGAUGAGGCAAAACUAGGAAAAGAGAAUGUCGGGAAGCACAAGGUGACGACUGCAAUAUAUAUAGUGUGUUCGUACUUCCUCAAGCUUUUCGUGCAUGAGAUUCUUGACGCAGUUGACCAAUUGAGGGAUGAGCUGAGGCGAAUCAGCUCAAAUGCUCAGCACAUAAUGUGGGACAAGCGCAAAGAUCACACGACGUAUCUUCCUGUCUGCAUCACACCUAUGGGACACACUGCACCCGGCAAAAGAUUUGACUCGUGCCGUGAGAAAGCUGAGCUAUCACCUUGCAGUAUUGAACUUGGCUCCGUUGAGGAAUCUCGACGCAUGAAACGAG